AUGGCACCUGCAGCUACAAUUCCUGAUGGAGUGGGCGUUGCUCAUCUCCCCAAUCAACGGCACAAGAUCGUCUCGAAACGAGGUGCUAACUUUACGUUGAUGGUUUGUGGUGAAUCCGGCGUUGGCAAGACAACCUUUGUGAAUACUCUCUUUACCACCACCAUCAAGGAUCCCAAGCAACUUGCCAAGCGUCACUCAAAGCAAAUCGACAAGACCGUGGAGAUUGAGAUCACCAAGGCCGAGUUGGAAGAAAAGAACUUCAAGGUCAAGUUGACUAUCAUUGAUACCCCAGGCUUUGGUGAUUAUGUCAACAACCGGGAUAGCUGGAUGCCAAUCGUCGAGUUUUUGGAUGAUCAACAUGAAAGUUACAUGGUUCAGGAACAACAACCCACUCGAGCUGGUAUCAUUGAUCUUCGUGUACAUGCAUGCUUGUACUUUAUUCGUCCCAAUGGCCAUACACUCAAGCCCCUGGAUAUUGAAAUCAUGAAGCAUUUGGGAUCCAGAGUCAACCUUAUUCCGGUGAUCGCCAAAGCAGACACUUUGACUCCCAACGAUUUGGCUAAAUUCAAGCGCAACAUUUUGGAUGUGGUGGAUGCCCAAGACAUCCGUGUCUAUAGCUGCCCUAUUGAAAGUGAGGAUGAAGCUGUCACCAAUGUCAACAAGGAAAUCAUGAGUGCACAUCCAUUUGCAGUUAUUGGAUCAACCGAAGACGUGACUACAGCAGAUGGCCGCAAGGUCAAGGGACGUCAGUAUGCUUGGGGCUGUGCCGAGGUUGAAAAUGAUGCCCAUUGUGAUUUCAAAAAGUUGCGCAACUUGUUGAUUCGAUCCCACAUGCAUGAUUUGAUUUCAACAACCGAGGAAGUCCAUUAUGAAAUGUAUCGUCAAAUGCAAAUGGAAAAUCGUAAAUUCGGUGAAGCCAAGGCAAAGAAAUACGAGAAUCCCAAAUUCAAGGAACAAGAAGAAAAGUUGCGUUUGGCAUUCACAGAGCAAGUCAAGAAGGAGGAAAACAGAUUCCGUCAAUGGGAAGCUCAGCUUGUGAGUGAGAGAGAUCGCUUGAACAAGGAUUUGGAAGAGCAACACGCCAAGAUCAAGUCCAUGGAAACUGAACUCGAGAAUAUCUAUCAGAUGCAAGGACGAAUGCGAAGAUAA